CCCGUGUGCUUCCCUCCAGGCCCCCCAGUGCCGCCAUCUCAGGGGCUCGCCACCUCCCAGAACUCGCCUGUGGGACCAGGGUUGUCGGUCUCCCAGCUGGCAGCUUCCCCGCGGUCCCCGACUCAGUGCCGCUCAGCCAAGCCCUCUUCCCAGCAGCCCGAAGGCUCCGAGCCCGCUCAGGCCCCGGCGGGGUUCCCCCUGGAGGGCGGGAUCGCACACCUGGAAGCCGACCUGAGCCAGAUGUCCUUGGCCCCGGGAACGUGUGUGGCUGAGCAGUUGCGGGAGCUGCCUUUCACCCCUGUGCACACCCCGAUUGUGGUGGGGGCCCAGACCCGGAGCUCCGGGAGCAAGCUCUCGAGGGCCUGCCUGGCGCUCCUGCAGGCCCCCGGCUUCCCCGAGAUCCUGGACGCCAGCAAGCAGCCCGUCGAGGCCGUCGACCCUACCGACCCCGUGAAGUUCAGCCCUCAGAAGGAGGAGUCAGACUGUCUGCAAGGCAACGAGAUAGUGCUGCAGUUUCUCGCCUUUAGCAGGGUGCCCCAGGACGACCAGGGAACGCCGUGGCCGAACACCGUGUAUUUCACCUUCCAGUUCUACCGCUUCCCGCCUGCGACGACCCCGCGGCUGCAGCUGCUCAAGCUGGAGGAGGCCGGGAAGGCCCGCUCGGGCUCCCUGUCGCAUGUCCUGGCUCCCAUCCGCAAGGAUGGCUCCUCGGACGCCGGCUCUCUCGGCUUCCAGCUGCGCUACCUGGUGGACCCCGGGUUCCUGAGGCCGGGGGAGUGGCGCUGGUUCGUCCGCUACCUGGCCGUGCAGACGCUGCAGGUGGACGCCUGGGACGGGGACUCCCUGCUUCUCAUCGGCUCUGCGGCCGUGCAGAUGAAGCAUCUCCUCCGCCAGGGGCGGCCGGCCGUGCAGGUCUCCCAUGAGCUCGAGGUGGUGGCGACUGAGUAUGAACAGGACGCCAUGGUGCCGAGUGGAGACGUGGCUGGGUUUGGCGGUGUCAGGCCGAUCGGCGUCCACACGGUGGUGAGGGGCCGGCUGCACCUGACCUUGGCCAACGUGGGUCACCUGUGUGAACAGAGAGGGAGAGAUCCCAGCGUGUUGCCACCUUCCAGGUUGAGGGUCGUCUCCAACGACGGAGCCAGCCGCUUCGAGGGAGGCAGCCUCCUCAUGCGUGGGGGCCCGCGACGGGUGAAAGGUGUGGUCCAGGCGCACAGGCUGGCCGAGGUGGACAGCGAGCUGGCCGCCAUGCUGUUCACGCCCACGGCCCCGGGGAGCAAGGGCCCCCAGGGCGCCGGCCGAGAGGGGGACGCUGUCCGCAGGCGCAAGCUGGAGCGCAUGAGGACAGUGCGCGAGCGGGAGGCCGCGGGCGAGCGCGGCGGCCGGAGGAGCGGCGUGCUGACUCAGCAGAAUGUCCGGGCUCAGCAUGCGCGGGACCUGCAGGUCAUCGCCGCCUACCGGGAGCGCACAAAGUCCCAGAGCAUCGCCAGGGCGCUGAGCCUGGCCAUCACCACGGAGCACACCAUCUACGCUGCGCUGGGCACCGCCGAGUUCUUCGAGUUUGCUCUCAGGAACCCCCACAACGCGUCACACACAGUGACCGUGGAGGUGGACAACCCUGAGCUGAGCCUCAUCCUGGACAGCCGGGAGUGGAGACACUUCAAGGAGGCGGCCGGCCUGCACACGCCCCUGGAGGAGGACAUGUUCCACCUGCAGGGCGGCCUCGCCCCCCAGCUCUUCCUGCGCCCCAGGGAGACCACCCACAUCCCCUUCAAGUACCAGACCUUCUCCGUGGCGCAGGGCCCUGCUGAACUGAGAGAUGAAAAGGGCACGGACCCUGGAUCUCCUGGGAAGUCUAGCACGAUGCCCACCAGACGCGCCAAGGUGCUGUUCCGGGCCCGCGACGGCAAGCCCCUCGCCGUGCUCUGCCUCACAGUGCAGCUGCAGCCCCACGUGGUGGACCAGGUCUUCCGCUUCUACCACCCGGAGCUCACCUACCUGAAGAAAGCCAUCCGCCUGCCUCCCUGGCACACGCUUCCAGGUGCUCCUGUGGGGAUGCCCGGCGAGGCGCCCCCGGUCCACGUCAGAUGCAGCGACCCGGGCGUCAUCUGCGAGACCCAGAAUGUGGGCCCCGGGGAGCCGAGGGACGUGUUCCUGAAGGUGGCUAGUGGUCCAAGCCCGGAGAGCAAGGACUUCAUUGUCAGUAUUUACAUGGAUCGCUGGCUGGCAACACCUGUCCAGAUCUGGCAGGUCCACCUGCACUCCCUGCAGCGCGUGGACGUCUCCUGUGUCACAGGCCAGAGGACCCGCUUGUCCCUAGUCCUUCGGGGGACGCCGACGGUUAGGAAAGUGAGGGCCUUCACCUCACACCCCCAGGAGCUGACGGUGGACCCCAAAGGUGUCUUCACGCUGCCGCCUCACGGGGUGCAGGACCUGCACGUGGGGGUGAGGCCCCGCAGGGCGGGCAGCCGCUUCGUCCACCUUAACGUGGUCGACGUGGACUACCACCAGCUCGUGGCCUCGUGGCUCGUGUGCCUGUCCUGCCGCCUGCCCCUCAUUUCCAAGGCCUUUGAGAUCACGAUGGCCGCGGGAGAGGGGAAGGGCUCCAGCAAGAUGAUCACCUACACCAACCCCUACCCCUUCCGGCGGACCUACCGCCUGCACAGCAACCGCCCCGACCUGCUGCGGUUCAAGGAGGACGCCUUCCAGGUCGCGGGCGGAGAGACCUACACCAUCGGCCUGCGGUUUGCGCCCAGUCGGAGCCCCGGGGAGCAGGAGGUUUUGAUUCACAUCGACGACGCCGAGGACAAGAACGAGGAGACCUUCUGCGUGAAGGUCGUCUACCGGUGAGGGC